AGGAGCAUCCUUCCCAGUUCACCUGGCCAUAGAAUGAGAUGUCCAAUGGCCUCCAUGCCAGAGUUGACCUUGUGAGAAAAGAUUCUUAUGAAGAGAAGAGUUCCACGCGGAACAUGGCCUCUACCAAAGAGAAGGCUACGAGUCAAAGAGCGGCGCAGGUUAAAGAAGAGGACUGUGAGUGGGGCGCACCAGAGCAAGUGUGCAUGAAGGUGGAGGAGCACGAAACAAGGAUUUCCGUUUUUAAGGAGGAAGAGUCCAAGGAGAAGGCCGUCAACAUUAAACUAGAGGACUCUGAAGAGGUGUGCGUUAGUCUUGAUCGGCAAAAGCACGAAACUAGGAGCGUUUUCAAGGGAGAUGUUUGCGAAGAAUUGCAUUCCAGUUUACAGCCCUGGUUGGAAAAUGCGAGACAACUGGGUACUCGGCGUAAUUGUAAGGAACUGAAACGCGAGAUAUCAGAGGUAGAAGAGAGAAUCGAUGAAGGAGAUGAAGAGAAGUCAUCUAGCAGUGUGCAAAAAAAUUUACAGGAAGAAACGGGCUCCUCCACAUCUUCAUUUACUCAGGCCGCUCUUCAGUGGAAACUGCCGCAAAAACAGGAGAAAGAGGAGAUGAUGAAAACAAGAGGAUCAGAACAUUUGACAUCAGACUGUUUCCAUUGUAGUUCUCCUGUUGCUCAGCUAACAGAAGCAGAAGACAUCAACACUGAACACCAGCAAGUGCAUACAAACACCCAAAUUCACAAUGGAGAGAAAUUUCAUUGUUGUUUGGAAUGUGGGAAACAAUUCUCACACAAAAGUAGUCUUCAAAAACAUAUGACCAUCCACACAGGUGAAAAAGUUCAUUGUUGUUCUGAAUGUGGUAAACGAUUCUCACAGCUAAGUAGUCUUCAAAGACACAAAAGAAUACACACUGGAGAAAAAACUUUUUGCUGUCCAGAAUGUGGCAAACAGUUUUAUGACAAGAGCAGCUGUUUGAAGCACAUGCGAAUUCAUACUGGAGAGAAGCCCUAUUGCUGUUCUCAAUGUGGAAAGAGAUUUUCCCACAGCAACAGUUUUAGGGUACAUACACAAACUCAUACUGGAGAGAAGCCAUAUGUCUGUUCUGAAUGUGGCAAAGGCUAUUCCAGCAAGAACAAUCUUUACAAACACGCCAAAAUUCACACUGGAGAAAAGCCUUAUUGCUGUUCUGAAUGUGGGAAAAGAUUCUUACAUUUAGGCCAUCUUCAAUGCCACAUGAGAAUUCAUACUGGAGAGAAACCUUAUUGUUGUCCUGAUUGUGGCAAAAGAUUUUCGAACAGAAGCAAUUUUCGGGCGCACAGACAAAUUCACACUCAGGAGAAGCCAUAUUGCUGCUCUCAAUGUGGCAAGAGAUUCUUCCACAGUAGCAGUUUUCAGAAGCAUGCGCAAGUUCAUACAGGAGAGAAGCCGUAUGUCUGUUCGGAAUGUGGCAAAAACUUUUCCAGCAAGAGCAAUCUUUUGAAGCAUGUGAAAAUCCACACCGGAGAAAAACUUUAUUGCUGCUCUGAAUGUGGGAAACGAUUCUUAGAAAUCGGCCAUCUGCAAUGCCACGUCCGAUCUCACACAGGAGAGAAACCUUUUUGUUGUCGAGAAUGCGGAAAGCGAUUCUCGCACGUCAGCAGCCUGCACUCUCACUUCAGAAUUCACACCGGAGAGAAGCCGCACAGCUGUUUGGAGUGCGGCAAGCAGUUCUCGCGCCUUAGUUCUCUUCACGUCCAUCGGCGAAUUCAUACUGGAGAGAAGCCUUAUUGUUGUGCUCAUUGUGGUCGCCGAUUCUCCCACAGCAGUUCUCUUGAUAGCCAUCAAAGAAUUCAUACUGGAGAGAAACCCUUUUGUUGUACUAAAUGCAGUCAGCGAUUCUCACACAGCAGUUCUCUUAGAAGCCAUCAAAGAUUUCAUACUGGAGAGAAACCUCUCAGCUGUUCUGAGCAGUGAUAUUAAAGAACCAGUACUUGGGUACCAAGUCAAUACCAAAAACUUAACAGUAGUAGUGUUGUAACAGAGUUAGACUUGUUAAUUCAGAAGGAACAAUGAUAGGCAAUAAAAACACAAGUAAAAACUACGUAUUAAAGAGUCCAUAAUGCCACAGCACCACAUCUCAAAAAUGGAAAACCGCAGAAGUCCUGUCUGGAAUUAGCAAAACACCCAUUAUGGAGUUAGCGGAGAAGUAGAUUUGCACAUUCACAGAGAGUACAUGAUGUCAC